AUGUGGAUGUCCAGAAUAGAAUACCGCGGAACCUGUUACGUGGCACAGCUCAGCAGCAAGCCGCUCGAAUCAGCAAGCACUUCCGAACAAUACCGCAUCAAGCUACCUGAUAAUAUCAGCAAGAUCAUUUUGUCAGUCGACUGUAUCGGCAUACGUGGGAUACAAUUCGUUGACCAUAAGUCGAAUCCCAGAACAGAUGGGUCGCCAUGGUAUGAGAUUCUGGACGCGGGUGAUACUGGCUUGGAGGUCUAUGGUUUUUUCAUGAGAAACAUUCAGCUCCUCCCAAGAAAUCCAUCUACGUAUAGGGCCUGGAGUUCUCCUUUCCCGCCCAAGUUCCACCCAUGGAAUUUUUACCAAGCCAGAUGUAAAUCUCGCCUGGACUAUUUCAAAAUCGAUUCCCACAUCCGAGGUGUUCUUGUCUGUUGUGCUAACGCUAAGACUGUUGGAAUCCACGGUUUCUCAGAUACAUCGAAAGCGUUUAGAGAGUUCAUCGAUUUGAUGAAUCGACCUAUAAGCUCUGGAUUUAUUUCCCGUUCAAUGGACAUGAAUAUAUCAAAGCAGCUUGGAUUCGGAAGUUUAGGAUUUGUCGUGGGCCAGCCUCCAACCCUAUUUUAG